AUGGAUUUGAGAAUUCUUGCCUUGGAUUCGCCACUCUUUCUAACCCACUCUGCCAAGGUCGUCAGCAAUCCCACUCGGACCAACGUUCGCAAGGCUAAGGCUAGGGCUGCGACACCGACGCUGGCGGAUGUCAAGGAGUACCCGAACUUCUACACCUUCAUUGUCGAUAUGCCGGGGAUGAAGCCCGGAAACAUCAACGUUCAGGUGGAGGACGACAAUGUGCUGGUGAUCAGCGGAGAGGGGAAGCGCGAGGAGGAGAAGGAAGGCGCCAAGUAUGUGAGAAUAGAGAGGAGGAUGGGAAAGUUUAUGAGGAAGUUUGCGUUGCAGGGGAAUGCGCACACUCAUCAGAUCUAUGCGAAAUGUCAGGAUGGGGUUUUGACCGUCACCGUGCAGAAACUGCCGCCGCCGGGGCCCAAGAAACCCAAGAUCAUUAGGUGAAGAUGGCUUAAAUCUUUGUGGUUUUGAGUGGGUAAUUCCUGAUAAGCAUGUGUAAUUGGGAUUUGCGUGAAUUUGGUCUGGGUUUGAUUUUGAUCAAUCAUUUGCUUUUCUAGACAAAAGCUAUGAUUCUUUAUGAGUUUGUAGUUUUAAGUAUUGCUGGUACAAGAACCUUUUGAGACCACAAGAUCCUAAUGAAUUGCUGGGAAGUGUCGACCAGCCUCAAUGGAACCAGCAGGCUGAUAUCGUGAAGUGUUUUGCUCUCCUCCCUUUUUUUCCUCUAUCUCUUGCUUAUCCCUAGUCUGGCUUUAUAGUUUCUCCUUGGCGUGCUCUGAUCGGUGAUUAUAGAGUCCGCUUUUU